AUGGCAACUUUAAAUGAAAAGAAGACCUGCAGCGAACGUAUGGCAGAUUUCCGUCGUUUCGUCUGGAAUCCAGAAACAAAACUCUUCAUGGGAAGGUCCUUAAUUAACUGGGUGUGGAUCAGCCUCUACUACCUGGCUUUCUACGUGGUGAUGUCGGGGCUGUUUGCACUCUCCAUUUAUUGUUUAAUGAGGACGAUUAAUCCGUACGAGCCGGAUUACCAAGACCAGCUGAAAUCCCCAGGCGUAACCUUACGACCUGAUGUGUAUGGGGAUAGAGGACUACAGAUUUAUUACAACGUAUCUGACAACAAAACCUGGGAAGGUUUAGUGACAACUCUUCACACUUUUCUGACAGCAUAUACACCAGCUGCUCAGCAUCUGAACAUCAACUGCACCAAUAAUACAUACUUCAUCCAGGACACCUUUGAUGGCCCGAAUAAAACAAAACUAUCCUGCAAAUUUACCUCAGACAUGCUUCAAAACUGCUCCGGCAUCACAGACCCAACUUUUGGAUUUCCAGAAGGAAAGCCCUGUUUUAUUAUAAAAAUGAACAGGAUCAUCAAGUUUUACCCUGGCAAUGGCACUGCACCAAGGGUGAACUGCACAUAUGUGGUAAGGGGUGAGGAGUCUCGCCCGCUGGAGGUGGACUACUACCCCGUGAAUGGCACCUUCAACCUGCACUACUUCCCCUACUACGGGAAAAAGGCUCAGCCCAGCUACAGCAAUCCCUUGGUAGCUGUGAAAUUUCUCAACAUUACAAGGAAUGUAGAACUUAAAAUAGUGUGCAAAAUCAUUGGAGCUGGAAUUACCUUUGAUAAUGUUCAUGAUCCGUAUGAAGGAAAAGUGGAAUUUAAACUGAAAAUAGAAGACUGA